AGAGAGAGAGAGUAGGCAGUCGCUAUCCAGGGACCAAUCGCUCCGCAUGAACAGCUCUAGAAGCAUAGUAUUGUGAGAUCCAACCCCGACUUCAAUAUUUCAGAAUUGACCAAAAGCAGAGAUUGCAGUGUAAUUCAAAACCACUAGAAACGGAAUAUAGGCAACAUUUUCAAAGAGCUAUCAACUUUUAGCCCACUGGAUGUAGGCUACCUGGGGACAAUGUAGAGCGCAUUUUUUUUUUGUCAGUGUGGGUUGGAACAGGUGAAUUGCAAGUAGCGACAAUAUCAAGGACCACCAAGAACAACAAAGAUUCACAACAGUCAGACAUCUGAAGGUUCUGCUGAAUUCCAUGGAUCGGACACUCAAGAGGCUUCAUCUCCUUCUGCUCCCGACCGCUGUCACUUUCUGGUCUCUCCCCUUCUCUAUGGCCGCCAGCGUGACCCCAGGGGGGUGUGGCUCCAAUGUAGGCUCCCUGUACUAUAGCCUGUGUGACCUCAGUGCCGCAUGGGGCAUCGUACUGGAGUCAUUCGCGGCGGCCGGCGUGGUGGGUUCCAUCAUCCUCCUCAUCGUUCUCCUGGCCAGCCUACCCUUCAUCACAGACAAGAACAAGAGGAGCUCCGUGGGGCUCCAUGCCUGCUUCCUGAUCUGUACCCUGGGCCUCUUCUGCCUCACUUUCUCCUUCAUCGUAGGGAAGGACUUCGCCACCUGUGCCUCGCGGCGCUUCCUCUUCGGGGUGCUGUUUGCCGGGUGCUUCACGUGUCUUCUCAUGCAGUGUGUGAGGCUGAACCUCCUGGCCCGCAGGGGGGAUCAGGGGCCCCGGGCCUGGGUUCUGUGUCUGGGAGCCCUGGGGCUCUGGCUGGUGGAGGUGGUCAUCAACACAGAGUGGCUGAUCAUUACCAUUGUUCGCUACCCACUGUCACCGCUCAACGUUACAGGGACAGCACUAGGCACGGCCGCCGACGUGCCCUGUAACAUCGCCAACCAGGACUUUGUAAUGGCGCUGAUCUACGUACUGAAUCUUCUCCUAGCUGUCGUAGUGGCAUCCUUACCCUCCCUGUGCGGGAAACACAAGCAGAGACGCCAGGAGGGAGCCUUUCUCCUCGUCACAGGUCUCCUCUCUGUGUUCAUCUGGGUGGCCUGGAUCACCAUGUACGUCUGGGGGAACCUGAUGACGGGUGGACCCAGCUGGGAUGACCCUACCCUGGCCAUCGCCCUGGUCAGCAACGCCUGGGUGUUCCUGAUCCUCUACACCAUCCCAGGGAUAUGCUCUCUGACCGGGGUAGAGGAGGGGGGCGCGCCAGGGUUCGGAGAGGACCUGAGCAGAGGUGUGGGCUAUGAGAAUAUCCUGAAGGAGCAAGGAGCCCAGAGCAUGUUUAUGGAGAACAAGGCUUUCUCUAUGGAUGAGAACGCAGGUCCGAAGGUUGUGUCCCCAUACAGCGGCUACAGUGGUCAGCUCCGCAGUUCUGUCUACCAGCCCACAGAGCUAGCUAUCAUUAGCAAGGGAAUGGGGAAUCAGGAAAUGUCCUAUGAGUCUCGCAUCCCCCGAGCCUCCAUCAACAACAGCUCCCCGGCCCACAGAGGGGGCAGUACCCUGUCAGUAUGCACCGACGAGGCCUCAGACACACAGACACAACAGGGCCACAGUGUAGGUGGAGAUAGACAACCCAUGUCCUCUGCAGUGCGUCCCAAAUGGCACAGUCUUCAUUUUAUAUUACACUACUUUUGCCCAGAGCCCGGUCAAAAGUAGUGCACUAAAUAGGGAAUAGGGUGCGAUUUGGGACGAAAAGCUGCUGUACUCGGACACAUUCUCCUCACCUUUCUCUAGCCUCUGUCUGCACACAGCACAGGCAAUCCUCUCAACUCUGCCGUAUACCUGUAUCCAUAGCAACUUGUUCUACCUACGGGUUCCUCCUGAUGAAUUCUCUCUUUGUCUGUGUUUCACCUUGACGAGCAUGUGUAUUCUCUUCCUGCUCUUGUACACGCUUAUUGGAUGGUGUUUAGUUCUACAUUCCUAUCGGAUGGUUUUUAGUUCUACAUUCCUAUCGGAUGGUUUUUAGUUCUACAUUCCCAUUGGAUGGUUUUUAGUUCUACAUUCCCAUUGGAUGGUUUUUAGUUCUACAUUCCUAUCGGAUGGUUUUUAGUUCUACAUUCCCAUUGGAUGGUUUUUAGUUCUACAUUCCCAGGGAAUAUAUUGUUUUUGUUUCUUUCUUUCCAUCUUUUUCUCUUAUUGAGAUGUUCCUGUUUUGGGCCUUUCUUAUCUUUCACUUCAUUCGUCCUGUGGGGUUCUUACUUCCUUCUGGUGUUAUGGACAGUCCUCUUAUCAAUUCAAUCUUUUUUCACAUGCACAUUGCAUUCGGACUAUCAUUACACUACGCAUAUUUAUGACAUUAGCCUCAUGUGCAAUUCCACGAUAACAGAAUUACAGUGAGACUCAGAUGUUUAACUUCCUUGUUGAAGGUAGACCUUCUGCAUGGAGUUGUGUGGUUUGUUAAGCUUUUGAAAUCAAUGUUUUUUGUUUGGCAUACAUUUUAAAGUGAAAAAUCUAAGUCCCAGCGUAAUUCUGUUACCAUGGAAUUGCCCCUAAACAGUUUUUAACAAUAACAUCUCUCUUUU